GCGCGGUGCUGGAGCAGCGCCGUGUGCCGUGGAUGUGGAUGUGUCUGCGGACGCAGAUCCUCGCGCUGCCCCUUCGCCUUCCCGUGGGCGCUGGGUGCCGGUGCCGCCCCCUCCCCUGGGGCGGGCGGAGGGCUCCGGGCGCACGGACGGGGUUUGGCGGUGCCGGGUGGGAGGAAGCCCCCCCUGCGGAGCAGCGCCCGUGGUGGGGCCGUGCCGGGAGCGCUCGGUAGGGGUCGGCUGAGGAGAAGCUCCGAGGAGCGCCGCGGAGAGGAAGUUUACCUUUAGGAGUUAGCCGUGUUUGUGCUCUGAGCCGUCCCUCGUUGCCCGAAGAUGGGGGCAUAUCUCCAGCGGAGGGAAAAUAUUUAUACCAGCAGAAUAAACAACGACGUCCUUGCGGUCUGCGGUCUGCCUGGGUGCGCUGCUCCGGUUAUGUCACUGAAUGUGAGGGACAGAAGCCCCGGGGGGCUUUGAGACCCUGUUCUGAUGAUGCGUGACCACCUCUCCUGGAGCUUUUCUCAAGCUUCGCAGUGAUGGGGCCAGGCAGCACAAGGCAGCGGUGGAACAGAGCUGCCACAGUUUGUUAAUGAGGGCCGAGAGAAGGAGCAGGGACGUGUACCCGGGGAGGGUCAGCUCGGGAGGUUGGUGCUGCAGGGGCUCGGGGCUGUGUGCUUCUCGGAUCUUUGGUCCGGGUGCCGAGCUCCGCUGCCCGCAGCAACGCAGCCACGGGGCUGCUGCUGUGUAAGCGCUGCUCUGUUUUGCUUCUGGGAGCUCGCUCACGCUGUGUUUCGUGGCAGGGCUUGUUUCUCUUGUGAAGCUGAUUAAAGAGCGUCAGCACGGAGGCACGUUAAGAAUAGCACGGCUUAUUUCUCUAAUGCAGAAGUGUGAGUCACAAUGGGGGCAUUUAGCAUAUAGAAGCCAUUACUGCCCGCAGUGGCUGCAGCUGGUGGCUGCCCUCUGCCACUCGGGGCCGAUGGAGUUUCAGCGUCACCGCUGCUUGAGGGCACAGCUCGGUUCUGUCACGCUGGGUCCUGCCUUGGCUGUCUGGUGGUAGCGCAGUCAGAUGACAGGCUUUGCGUCGAGAUCUCAGAGAAGAUAAUUUCUCCUUUCUAGUUUGUAACACCACAGAAUGAACGCGAACUCAGCGUCUGUCACGAAAGCUGUUGCUGCUUCCGUCAGUCCCAGUUCACCCUCUGUGCACCUGGCAGCGAGGGCUGACGGUGCUGCAGCUCAGCGCUGCGUCCCCUGAGCACGCGCUCUGGUUUGAAAGCUGCCCGGUGAAGGGAUGCGCUCCACCUGGAGCACCAACACCACCAGCAUGGAGAGGCUGAGCGCAGCCCCCUCUUCUCUCCCCGUGUGCGGCUCCUGACCAGGCUUUCGAAACGCUCAGUUCUGUGCGCUGAGCGUGCAGUGAUGGAUCUGUAACGCAGAGCACGCCGUGCUCGCUGCCCCUCGGUGCCCACUGGGGCUGGGCUCGGGGCAGCAGCGGUGCCUCAGACGUGGCCAUGGUGGGACGGCCGUGCAGGGACAGGGGAACGCUGCCCGUCUGUGCAGCUGCUGCCUGAAGCACGGGGAGACUGCACGGUGAGAGACCUGCGUGAUGGGCAGGGCCGGCACAAAGCAGAGCUGUGAUUUCUCCUGCUGUGUGAGGGCUGCUUGCUCCUCUGCGAGCAGAGCUUUCUGUUCCCAGCAACUGGAAAACUGCUGUGGUGUAAACAAGACAGAACUUGUGUUUGUGCGUGGUUCUCCCAAGGCACCGUUAUGCAAAUCAGUCGUGAAGUAGCAAGGGCUCCAGAAAAAUCAGAGUUCAGCUGGGUGUUGUAGCUGCCGGGAUGGUGAAGGUUAAACCCUCCCACUGACACCUGCUGUGGGGCUGGGGGUCUGAGCGGCUCCUUCAUCCCACAGUGCUCCCUGACCCAUCUGCAGAGCAUGAGACUGUCAGCACGAGGGGUAUUUCCAUCGAGGACGAGGAUUUAGUAGGAGAAACGAUGGCUGUUGUUUGCUAAUGAAGUGAUACAACAUAGAGGUGUAGUACAGGGCAACGUAGGUGUGUUGGCAGGGAUACAGAAGAGGUGAAAACAGCUCUGUGUGUAUGGAGUUCAGGUGACGGCUCCUCAUUCUUGUGUGAGCAAUAAAGUUACAUUCCAUAAAUGAUUGAAAGAAUAGUAAUGAAAUGAGUGUUUUUUGUGGCAUCGAUUUUUUUUUUUCUUUUUUUUUUGGUAGAGUGGCUUGGGCCUGUUCCAUUAGCAGUGCAUAAUGGCAUUCCUCCGACGCGUAUUGCAGCACUGCAAUGUGAACUGCACCACUGGGUUUGCAGAGGUGGCCCGAGUCGGGCUGCAUUCAUCUCUGCCUGCAGCCUCGGUGCUGUUUGCAGCUGUGGGAUCCAGAUGUGCAACCCACAGUAGUAAGGCUUCUCGAUAUCCCUACUCUCCCAUUAAGUAGCUCCUGGUGAAGGCUGCGCUGUUGCAUUAGCCCUUAGGCUCUGCCUGCACCAUCUGGGUGUGCAUAUGUUCGUGACCCUUCGGGAAGAGGUGAAAAACGAAUCUUCUGCAACUGGUCUUGGGAGCUGAAGAGAGAAAAGGGUUUGCGUUGUGUGUGCUCUGCUUUCCCCCAGGGAAGCUGCAGUCUGGAAAACUGGAAGCUGCAGUUAAACGGAGAUUACGCGCCACAGCUUCGUGUGCUAGGUAUUUCUCUGUAUAUUGAAAUCGGUAUUCUGCCUUCUAUUUUUCAGGUUUUCAGGAUGAAUCUGGAAAAACUCAGCAAACCAGAACUACUGACGCUGUUUAGCAUCCUGGAGGGAGAGUUAGAAGCAAGGGAUCUUGUCAUAGAAGCCUUAAAGGCCCAGCAUAGAGACACCUUCAUUGAAGAGCGCUAUGGCAAGUACAACAUCAGCGACCCAUUAAUGGCUUUGCAGAGAGAUUUUGAGGCCCUGAAAGAGGCAAAUCACGGUGAGAAGCAACCAGUAUGCUCCAAUCCCUUAUCCAUCUUGAAGGUGGUGAUGAAACAUUGCAAGAAUAUGCAGGAAAGAAUGUUAUCCCAACUAGCUGCUGCGGAAAGCAGACACAGAAAGGUGAUCCUGGACCUGGAGGAGGAGAGGCAGCGGCAUGCCCAGGACACGGCGGAGGGGGACGAUGUCACCUACAUGCUGGAGAAGGAGCGGGAGCGGCUCACCCAGCAGCUGGAGUUUGAAAAAUCCCAGGUGAAAAAGUUCGAGAAAGAACAGAAGAAGCUCUCGAGCCAGUUGGAGGAGGAGAGGGCCCGCCACAAGCAGCUGUCCUCCAUGCUUGUCGUAGAGUGCAAGAAGGCCACUGCCAAAGCAGCGGAAGAGAGUCAGAAGACGGCAGAAAUGAGCUUGAAACUGGAAAAAGAGAAGAGUAAGGUGAGCAAGCUGGAGGAGGAGCUGGCGUCCAAGAGGAAGCGGGGCUUACAGAUGGAAGCACAAGUAGAAAAGCAGCUCUCGGAGUUUGACAUUGAAAGAGAACAGCUGAAAGCCAAGCUGAACAGAGAAGAAAACCGUACAAAAGCACUGAAAGAAGAAGUGGAAUCUUUGAAGAAAGCCCUGAAAGAGCUGGAGGCUGCUUGCCAGGAGCACGGUCCUACUGAGCCUUCGCAGCCAAGUCUCUCUGUGAUGUCCAGAGGCGUUGCUACUGACAGUCCUGCCGUCAAGUCUGUGUCUUGCCAGACAGAGUUUCCACAAGCAGACCGAGCAAAUCCUGCUGGUGCAAGCAAAGCCGUGCACACAGCCCUUCCCAGCCCUCCUACACCGACUCAUUCCUAUGCAAAAUCCAACGGUCAUUGUGAUACAGACGUGCAAACGGGUGGUGAGCUGCUGCAGACAAACGCCGCAGAGAGCCAAGUGCAAAAGGAGAAACCUGCUGGUGCAACGCCAGAGAGCACGGUUGAGAAUGGAAGUUCUCCCAUAAGAACGGAGUCACCGGUGCACCUGACGGCCCAGCUCCCUUCCAGCGGGGUGUCCCUGUCUCCCGGUGGCACAGCUGCCUCCUCCCUGACACCUUCUCCCUGCUCCUCACCGGUUCUGAGCAAACGCUUGCUGGGGGCUCCCGCAGGCAGCCCCGGUUACCAGUCCUCCUACCAGGUGGGGAUCAACCAGCGCUUCCAUGCAGCUCGCCACAAAUUUCAGUCUCAAGCUGAGCAGGAGCAUCAGUGCAGCGGUCUGCAGAGCCCGCCGUCGAGGGACCUGUCUCCUACUCUAGCAGAUAACUCUGCUGCCAAGCAGCUAGCGCGCAACACGGUCACUCAGGUCCUGUCCAGAUUUACCAGCCAGCAGGGACCGAUGAAGCCCGUCUCCCCUAACAGCUCACCUUUCGGCACAGACUAUCGAAACCUGGCAAACGCUGGGAGCCCCAAAAGUGAAUCUGGUCAUUCUCCGAGCCCCAGCAAGGUUUCCAGCCCUCUCAGCCCCUUGUCUCCUGGGAUUAAGUCGCCAACCAUUCCUCGAGCGGAAAGAGGGAACCCUCCACCCAUUCCUCCAAAGAAACCCGGCCUGGCUCAGUCACCUGCUGCUCCCACCCCGCUCACCAAGGCCUCUCCUCAGGCGUCCUCCCUGGGUGCCCCCAUGGACGUGGCAAGCAGUUGCUCUAACAAUGCCGUCGUGUCCAAUGGCAAAGACAUUGAGAUUCUCCUGCCAACUAGCAGCUAGUCUCCAGCAGAUGUGAAUGUGACAUUCCGUGGCUUAGCGUGCCGGAGCUGAGGCCCUGUUUUUCCACUCCGUGUUAUUUAUUUCCAUAGUAGCGGAAUCUGUCUGUAUAAAGCAUUUAGUAUAUUUUCUUUUUUUUUUUUUUUAAUAGGUAGGAAAAUAUUUUUGUUUAUGAAGAAACCUUAACUACAGCUAUACAGUAGCCUCAAAAUGUCUCAUGGCAACAGUCAAAUCAAUAACAAGAACCGUAACCCUGCACUGGAACUUACCUAUCAACCAAUGGGACUGAAAUGCUACUUUGAAGCUACGCAGAAAUAGCUUCUGCAGACUUUUUAACUCCAGAUGAACAUUUUAUAUAUAUAUAUAUAUAUAUAAAAAAAAAAAGUGCCUGAACUUAAGUCUGCAUUCCAAUAUGAAUGUGAUUCGUUGGAAAAGGUGAGGAGGGGGACCAUCUAGCUGCAGAAUCAAAUCCUUCUCAGAGUCAUGAAUGUUUAGAACGACACUGUUUUUUUGAUUCUUUCCAUUUGCUGCAGUAAGUUAGCAAAUGUCUUACGGAUCCUGUAAGGUGAGCACCGGAUUGCUGCGGCAGCCACAGCCGCGCUGCGUCCCCCAGGACAGAGCUGCUGGGGAUUUCGGGAAGCACACAAGUUUCCUGGGGCAGAACUCAGCAGUACAGCCCAGAUCCUUUUGGUAUUUAAGGGUGGUGAGGCGCUGGAACAGGUUCCCCGGGGAGCUGUGCGUGCUCCAUCCCUGGAGGCACUCUAGGCCAGGUUGGCUGCCCCGGGCAGCCUGGUCUUCUAGGGGGGAACCCAGCCCAGCACAGCACAGGGGGGUUGGCACGGGUGGGCUGUAAGGUGCCCUCCAACCUGAGCCAUUCUGCGGUGGUUCCUUGUCCAAGCGGUGUUUUGCUUUCCUGGAGCACGUCCCUCCUGCUUUGAUGGCUGAACUCCAGGUUCUGGUGUGUCACCUUUCAUUUUCAAUUUCUUUAAGCAUUCUACUGUUGUGUGUAGAACUUCUGAGAAAAGGAUCUUGCUUUUACUUGAUCAAGGUCUUGCUAUUACUUGAAAACAAGAAAACCAAAACACUAGUCCAUAUGAUACAGGUUUUUUGUAACAGUAACGUGGGAUCUCCUGCUCUACACAAAAGCAAUAAUCUCGUUCAUCGUUUGCACCCAUGGCGUCCAGCUGACCUGGCUCUUAGACAGGAGUUAGCUGUGGGUUCUUGUUGGCUUUCAUUGGCUGCUGCAAAUAAGGAACCAAAUCAUUGCUGUUGUACGUGUAGGUAGCGUCACACACACGCAUAUUAAAUACACAAUGCAUUAUCCAAGUCUCUGUUCUUGAGCCUCUCCUGAAUACAAAGAGAACAUGGGAAUUGGCUGAGAUGAGAAAUCACGUAGAGCAAGGGGCAUUGCUGAAGUCUGAGGCAAAUCCUUUGUAGGAAAAGCGGUGUGGGCCCAAGCAGGGCAGAGCAGCAGCUUCUGUGCAGGAUGCACAGCCCUUGGGUGAUGCUCUGCCCUCGUUCUGCAUGCAGCACUUGGCUCCCUGCGUCCCUGCAGUGAGCACUGCCCAUGGGUGAGGCUGAGGCUGGGCGGUGGAGGCAGAGCAAAACCCUGAGUUAAUUCCUCAGGUAUUGGUUGUGAACUGAUCCCGUGCUCUGAAACAUUCAGCACUCCCUCGGCAGCAGCGUCAGUUUUGCGCAGCACGCUUGCCUACACCCGGAGAUGCUUUCUCCUUCAGCCUCGCUGAAUAUUUUAAUUAAACAAAACACGUCCUGCUUCAUUGUAGGAGCGAUGCCCGCGGCAGCUGGGGGGAUGCGCUCUGUGCCUAAUGGGUUCCCUCGAGCUUCGGGUCUGGCUUUGUAGGACUUCAGAGCUGUGUGCUGCUUUGAAGUGGCUGCUGCCCGCAGUGACCUGCUGUGCUCCCUGCACGGGCAUUCAGACGAGAGCAAGGUCGGUACCAACCCUCAGCAGCCGUUCACAUUGCGCUGCUGUGUGCCAUUGUUCUGACCCUGGGAGCGGGCUGUGUGCUGAGGAUGGCGGCAGCCCUUGGGGAAGCACAUCAAUUCCUUUUUUUUUUUUUUUUUUUUUUAAAGUACUCAUAGCAGAUUUUUUUUUUUCCUCUUGGUGAGUGUAAUUCUGGAGAUGGAUGGGCAGAUGGAUUUAGGCCCACGUGUCGCUUUUGAUUCGAAAGCGAGGCUUUGUAUACACUGCUUUAACGAGUUCCUUUGCUUUUACAUUAAUGUAAAUUGUAUUAUCCCUCCUCCUUAUAGCCCUAUAGAGAGAGACUAUGAUGAAGUUUAUUAGGAAAUGCACUGAGUACUGUUUCUUCUACAAUAUACUACGGGAUGGGGUAUGCAGAAGAAUGUAUUUUUGCUAGUAGCCGAUCUUUGGGGGGGAACUAAGCACAAAGAUGACGGUGGCUCCAAUUAACUCGGUGAGGCGCUUAGAGGUAGAACUGUCCGUGUAGAUUCCGUGUGAAAGCAACUAAAUAUUUCUUCUCGAACUCUCACCUGUUACAGGCAGGAGUUGUUUGUCACUGGCUAAUGGAGUAUAAUGAAGUGCGAAGUCGUAUGCUCUAGUAUUAAUCCAUUAACACUUGUAAAUUUGUAAAGCCAAAUGUACCGAGCUGAAGUCUUUAAUCGUUUUUAUAGCUGAUGGCAUUAAACAUGUUAAACACUCGUUAUCAAUAAAGGAUUUUAUUUUUAA